AAAGACACCCUUAAAGUCAAAGCUGCCACAAAACUUGAUACAGCGAGGUUCUGGCUGUGUAUGGAAGACAAGUUAGGACUAGACUUGAAUAACAAAGACUGUAUUUACGAUAUAAUCAAUGUGCUCAUUGAUGAGGUUAAAGAAUUAAAAAGUAAAUCUGACGAGCUCCCACGACAGAAGUUACAAAAUGAUGGAAAUGUUAUACCAGGUGCACCAUUAACUUCAAUACUUGAAAGCUGUAACAACUUACAGAAUCUCACAAUGAAUGACACAGUUAUAAUCUGGGGUGGCACAAAUGAUGUAGCCCGAAACGAAGCAGACAAGGCAUUAAAUGCUAUAACAUCAGCAUUAAUUAAGCUUCAGCACACAAAUGUAAUCAUAGUACGGAUACCCCAUAGAUAUGAUCUUGAAAACUGGUCUUGUGUGAACGAUGAAACCAGGCGAACAAAUAGGAAAAUAGCCAAAAUAGUGAAAUCUUUCCAAAACACUCAGUUUGUAACAGUCCCUGAGAACAGAGGCUGGUACACUUCUCACGGACUACACCUAAAUGCUAAUGGCAAGGAAGAAAUGGCCAGAACUUUACUUGCAGUCAUCUCUCCAAAAAAUCAACUAAAGCCUGCAAUAUCACUUGAGUGGAAGGAUCCAGAUGGAACUGAGCAAAUAAUGCCACAGCAAGAAAAAAUUACAGUAGCAGAAAUCAACCACAAUGUUGUCAAGAGGACAGUAACGAACAAUGGAGUAGGAAGAUCAGUUUGCAGCAACAGGAUAUUCAAAAGUCCAGAAACACAUUGUGCUCCUAGAAGAUCCUCAAGACCAAUAAAACCCAGAGUUCAAAGUGACAUGUUUUUGUGGGAAAGUAAAGCAACUAACAAAUUCCCAGGACUGGGUAAAAACAACUUGCCAAGCCAGCUAGUCAAAACAACAGAAGCUGUGGCAUCAACUGCAGACUCCUCAGCAUCACUUACUCAAUCAAAUGUGGUGGAGUAUACAACUCCAGUUACUGCAACACCAGGCAGUUCGGCAACUUCUCAGACUGUACGGAGCAAGAAGGCACCUCAACAGCUACAAUUGACAACUAGACAGACAGAAGCCAGGUUCGGUAGUAGAUCGAGAAAUGCAAGAUCGCCAAAGAACAGGAACACUUUUAAUGCCUGGAUCCAGAACUUAUGUAAGUGA